CACAUGUGGCGAAGAGGCGUGAAGACAACAAUCACAAAACCAAAAAAAUGGUCUGGAUUUGGAAUUAGUUGGCUAACCAGAGAGAAGGUUUCUCUCAUGCGUCUUUGACUGAAUCAAUCCACCCCACAAACAAGCAUCUCUCUCUCUCUCUCUCUCUCUCUCCCCCUCACUUUCUCUCUCUUAAACCUUAAUCCAGCUCAAGAAAAAAACACUUUUCUUUCUUCCUCUCAGCUGAUAGAUUAAGCAUUUUACCAGAAAGAAAAGCGAAAAACAGUCUUUGAAAUGGGAACAACAACAAGCCCUUUCAAAGACCAAUAUCAUCACUCAUCAUCUCUUGCCAAAAAGCUCUUGCCUUAUGCAAUCUAUGUCCUCCUCCCCAUUGCUGUAAUCCGCUUGUACUUAUACACUCCCUCUCUCUCUCUCUCCUCCACAGAUCACCUCCCUCACUCCACUGAAAUUACCAUCUCAACCUCCUCCUCCUCUUAUUCUUCCUCUCCUUCCCCAUUGCCCCCCAUUUCCUCCUCUCAAGAAGAGGAAAGGGCUAAAGAAACUACACCUUCAUGUGACUACACUAGGGGCAAAUGGGUCCAUGAGAAGCUGGGCCCUUUGUACAAUGGCACAACCUGUGGGACAAUCAAGGAAGGUCAGAACUGCAUCACCCAUGGAAGAACUGAUUUGGGUUAUCUCUACUGGAGGUGGAAACCUAGCAAGUGCCAGCUCCCCAGGUUUGACAGCACUUUUCUUCAUCUUAUUAAGAACAAGCACAUAGCUUUUGUGGGGGACUCCAUGGCCAGGAACCAGUUGGAGUCCCUCCUCUGCAUGCUUGCCACUGCCUCUCCUCCCAACCUUGUUUACACAGAUGGGGAGGAGAACAAGUUUAGGAGAUGGAAUUUUCCAUCCCACAAUGCCAAUGUGUCAGUUUAUUGGUCACCAUUUCUUGUGAAAGGGGUUGAGAAAUCACCAAAUGGUCCAAAUUAUAAUAAAUUGUAUUUGGAUCAAGUGAAUGAGAGGUGGGCUGCGGAGUUGGGGGGAUUUGAUAUGGUUGUGUUGUCAGUUGGGCAUUGGUUUUUGCACCCAGCAGUGUAUUUUGAGGGGGAUGAUGUUCUGGGGUGCCAUUUUUGCCCUGGAUUAAACCACACUGAGAUUGAAUUCUAUGAUGUGUUGAGGAAAGCUGUGAGGACUACUCUCAAAACCAUAAUUGAGAGGAGAGGGAAUGGGAGUGGGAUUGAUGUGGUUCUGACGACGUUUUCGCCUGCGCAUUUUGAAGGGGAAUGGGACAAGAAUGGGGCUUGUUCAAAGACCAAACCCUACAAGGAGGGUGAGAAGCAGCUUGAAGGAAUGGAUGCUGAGAUGAGGCAGCUGGAGGUGGAAGAAGUAGAGGCUGCUAGGGCAAAUGGUGAGAAAUUUGUAGGGUUUAGGUUGGAGGCAUUGGAUGUGACUAAAUUGUCCAUGAUGAGGCCAGAUGGGCAUCCAGGGCCUUACAUGAAUAAGUUUCCAUUUGCUGAUGGGGUUCCUGAGAGGGUGCAGAAUGAUUGUGUGCAUUGGUGCUUGCCAGGGCCUAUUGACACAUGGAAUGAGAUUCUGCUGGAGGUCAUGAAGAAAUGGAAUCAGGGGAAGUGAAUGGAGGAGAAGAACUUCCACGUGACGGUGAUGCUACUGUGGUGGUAUUCCAAGCCGCACUUCCAUUUGCUGAUUGGGUUCCUGAUUGGUUGGGAACAGUGACGCAGUGGCAUCCCCGCUGUGGGUAAGUUUCUCUCAAGAUUUAAGGAGAGCAAAGUGAGUUAUUACAGAAUCAUUGGUCGGUUUUGUUUGUUUGUUUCAUUCUUGUUCCCAGUAUGUGUGGUGGUUAUGAAGCUGCGAGAAGGCCAAAGAAGAGGAAGACAAUCUGCAUCGAUUGUUUGUUUUGUUUGGGCUCUCUGUUGUAAUGGAAGAAGACAAGAAUGGGUUGAUUGAAGAUGUGGUGGAGAAAUUUUGAGGGGGGCACAUACGAAGACGUGAGUUAGGCCGGUUGGUGUGUUUGCUUCGUUACAUCCACGUUUGGAUCUUCUCCUUGUAAAUUAGAUUAGUUUUUGUCAAAAGAAAAACAAAAUAAAAAAAUAAAGGGUUCCACAGAUUACAAUCUAUACGGUUGGAAGGUGUACGAUUGAGUUGAAUUGGAAGAAGUGGUAUAGAAUUUUGAUAGAUGAUUGGCAAGUCCCUGUAGUUUGUUUGAGAACUCCAAAUAUACUGUAAAUCUUGCCACUUUUACUACAAUUUUUCAGCCUUCAUAUUGUGUUCCAAGCC